UGGGACCAUGUGGCAGAACGAACAUGACUCUGUCGGCCUUCUUUCUUUCUCUUCUGCGACGAUUCUUGUUUUCUUCUCACUCUUCCCUUUCUCUCUCUCAGCUUCAUUACAAGCAACCAAGCUGUCUCUUGUUGGAACCCCAGCAACACCACCAUUUUAUUACAAUUCCCCAUCAUUUUCUUAUUCCAAACCAUGAACAUAUAGAUCCUUCCUUCUCCCACAAUUCGUCAUGUCAUUAAGUGGUGGUGAAGACAAGGAAAUCAUGAACCCGACUAGCGGAGGCGCCUCCAGACCGAAGCCCGCCAACCCGAGAUUCAGCUACCGCGAGUGCUUGAAGAACCACGCCGCUAACAUCGGCGGCAACGUCACCGACGGCUGCGGCGAGUUCAUGCCCGGCGGCGAUGAGGGCUCCCUCGAAGCCCUCAACUGCGCCGCCUGCUCCUGCCACCGCAACUUCCACCGCAAGGACCUCCACCAGCAGCCCUCCGGGUCGGCGAUGGUCCACCCGCUCCAGCUCACUCCGCCAUUGCCCCACCGCGCCGCCGCCAACUGGUCCGGCGCCGCGGCGAUGCAGCCGGUCAGGAUGGCCUUCGGCGGCGGCGGAGGCGGAGAUUCGUCGAGCGAGGAGCUGAACUUCAGCGCGUUCCAUCUGAACGCGGUGGCGCCGGCCCCGCCGCAGAAGCGGUUCAGGACGAAGUUCACGGCGGCGCAGAAGGAGAAGAUGCUGGAGUUCGCGGAGAAGGUGGGGUGGAGGAUUCCUCGAGAAGACGACGCGGAGAUGCAGAGGUUUUGCGCGGAGACGGGAGUGAAGAGGCAGGUUUUCAAGGUUUGGAUGCAUAACAAUAAGACUAUUUCUUCUUCUUCCAAUAAAACUACCACCAUCUUUCCAAAUGUAAAUUAGGCUUUUUCCAGAUUUCCUAUUUAUGUUACUGUUCACUAUUUCAUUUAAUUAUGGAUUUCAAUUUUCAUA